CCGUGACGGCGACCUGUAGCCAUUUUGACUCAAGCGAUUCCAGCCCAGGCCGCUCUUGCACCGCCUCUUCCCUCGGGAGGGCAGUGGAUGGGGAUGUCGGCCCCAGCUGAAAAGGAAACGGAGCCGCUCCAGCCCGCGGGCGACGGAGCUGCUCCAGCGUGCCAGGCCGCUGUGGCCCCAGGGGACCGCCCUGCGCGCGCCACGGGUCCCCCCGCCGCCGCCGCGGCGGGCUCCUUGCUGGCGCUGGGGCUGGUGCCCUGUGAGCCUCGCGUCCCGGCCCUGGACCUCGCCGCGGUGGCCGCGGACCGCGCCCACACCGGCGAGCCCGAGGGGGCGCCGUGCCGCCAGGGCCACCCGCCGCAGAGGGAGGCGCGCACGGCGGCGCCUCCGCGCCUGCAGGGGCGCGGCCCCGGCCCCGCGACGGAGUCGCUGCUGUUCCCGGGCCUGACCCUGGCGAGGCCGCGGCGAUCGCUGGGCGGCGGCCGCGCGGGCGGCCGCGCGGGCGGCGGCGGGAAGGCGGCGCACUGGGGCACGCCGAGCUCCAGCACCGCGGCCACGGACGCCGGGGCCUGAGCCAGGGCCCGAGGGGCGGAGGGAGCAGCCGCGGACGGCGAUCGCGGGGCGGCGCAGGCGGCCCGCACCGCGGUGGCCGCCGCCAGCAGUGCAACCCGUGCCGCUUGACAGUGCAGUGCCGCGGCCGGCAGGUGGGGUGGCACAAUGACUACUGGCUGCUUCAUCAUCGCGUGGCGCUCCAGAAAGGGCGGGCGGGCGCCAUGGUUCUCUUGCUCUCUCGUCGGCUGCGGGUGUCAUUCAAUGGGUAGCUCAUGAGGCGUGUCAUGGCCCACUGGUCGCGCCAGCGGGUUCGCUCCUGUAUGAUAGACCCAAAUUUUGGAGUCCAGUCUUUUUAGUGCUCGCGCAAAGAUGAUUGGUGUAUCGCUGGUAUCGCUUUCAUGGUUGACAGCUUGGGCCCCGCAAUUCCACCGCCAGAGUAUAGCCAUAUGCACCGCUUCGGAGUCGUGCCCUGGGAUCUCGAGGAGUGAUGGAUAUCGAGAUCUGCCCGCCCGUAUAGGCGGCCAGAUAUCUAUACCCAUCGCUCCUCGAUUCCUUGGGCUACGACCCCGCGGCAGUGGAUAUGCACAUUCUGGCGGCUAGGCAAUGUGCCUUCUCUCGACUGAAGAAUUCUAGCAAUACCCGAGCAGGGGGCCUCACGCCGCAUCGCUCGGCGGAGCCUACUGCAGGCACGACAGGCUGUAAUUGCAAUCAACGGCAGGCGUGAAGCACUGGCCAGCUGCCACAGAGCAUCCCUCCCGCGAGGUGUUCCUUUCUUGGGCUCGUGGCCCCCUCUGGGGGGGGAGGCGUCCGAUGGCAUUGGUGCAGUGCUCAGUUCCCCCGCCCCUCGCCUCCCGCGUCCCUCCAGUUUCGCUCACAGCGUUGUGCAUGUUUUUGCUAGUUUCUUUAUACGCGCGCUGUCCCCAGAUUUCCGGGGCGGCGUUCUCCGCCGCGGGGGCGUCAGGGACGGUUUGCUCUCGGAGCUUCCCGUGCCCUGCGCCCCCCUCGCGCGGUUUCAGCAGUUUCUUUUUUCAUGCCGGUCGCUCUCGUCCUCGUGUUCCCUUCUCUGCUGUGCUCUCUCCUCUUCCUCCUCCUCCUCCUCCUCCUCCUCCUCCUCCUCCUCCUCCUCCUCCUCCUCCUCCUCCUCCUCCUCCUCCUCCUCCCCUCCUUCUGUGCCUUGCGUCGCAUCGGGCUACCGUGGCAGUAGGUGCCCGCUCAUCUGGCAAGGCGGCAAUGCCUUCUUAGCCAGGCUGCUACGGGGUUUCAAUGAACUUGAGGCUCCAAUUUUAGACUCGCGUAGGGCUCCUGUGCGCGCACCGGCUCUGGCUCUGGCCAGAGCGUCUGGUCUUCGCACGCGCGAGAUUCUCUGACGGGCCUUUGCCUUCUUGUCACUCUCCUUCUGCGUUCUCCCUCCUGUCCCCUGCUCGCUCCUGCCGCCUGGGUUGGCGCUGUGCGUUUUUGAGGAUUUUUGUGUGUGGCCGUUUAGGCCGCAGGGGUCCGCCGCACAGCGCCCGUUCAAUGUGUUGACAAGACAAGCUUUGGGUUGCAGGCUUGCUCCGCCG